AUGGGACAGGAUAGUGUAUUCGUCCUCCACUCCAAUUAUGUGGAGGGGGUUGACGAUGAAGUCUGGGUUAAUAUAGGCUCUCAGUUCUCGGAGGAUCCGGACAACGAGGAUGCUGACUGGAUCACCGUGAUAAUUCCUGAAGAAAUGGAACACACCCAUAGCGACGAAGAUAUUCUGAGGUAUGCGCUUCACCGCAUCCGAACCAGGCGAGCCAUCAUCGGCGAAGUGGCACUGCAUAAUAGGGGGGUGAGUUGUAUUUCCAUUCCGGUCCCACUCAGCACUUCUAACAUGGCUGACAUCUUAACUCGUGCCGAGGCCGAUGGGAACAAGUGGCUUGAGCACAUUUGUAAUGGGAUGGUUAGCCUUGACCGGGAUGUGGUUUUUGGGCGUCGGUAA